CGUGGAGCUCUUUACCAAUCAGUACCAACCAAAUCCAGAAGCCAUUACUGCUCCGAGCUCGACAAUUUCCAGAGCCGUUUUCUUUCAUUUGUCCUUUUACGUUUCCAGAACUCAGCCAAAAUCUUCUUACAGUUCAGUAGAGAGAAAUCGGGUAUCUGGGUUUCUUCCGAAGAGAAUCGGAGAAGACAGCAAUGGCGCGCCGGGGAAUGAUGCUGCCUUCUUUGCUGUUGCUGCUCACCUUCUUGGCCAUGGAUCUUGUGCCCCCGAGCCACGCUAUCUGGCUCAACCUUCCUUCUUCAGGAACCAAGUGCGUCUCUGAGGAAAUCCAAAGCAACGUCGUUGUUUUGGCUGAUUACGUUGUCAUCUCUGAGAAUUACACCCAUUCGCCCACCAUUUCCGUCAAGGUGACAUCACCAUAUGGAAACAAUCUCCACCAAAAGGAGAAACAAACAAGUGGGCAGUUUGCAUUCACUACAGCAGAGGGUGGCAACCAUCUGGCGUGCUUUUGGAUUGAUGGCAAUCAUGAGGGUGGUGGAGAUGUAAGCCUAAAUCUUGACUGGAGAACUGGAAUUUCAGCAAAGGAUUGGGAAUCAGUAGCAAGAAAGGAAAAGAUUGAGGGUGUCGAGCUUGAGCUCCGAAAACUCGAAGGGGCAGUGGAGGCCAUUCACGAGAAUUUACUGUAUCUGAAGAGCAGAGAAGCAGACAUGAGGAUGGUGAGUGAAAAAACAAAUGGAAGAGUGGCGUGGUUCAGCAUAAUGUCUUUGGGUGUUUGUAUUUUGGCUUCAGCACUUCAACUGUGGUACUUGAAGCGAUUCUUCCAGAAAAAGAAGCUCAUUUAAAAGCAGUAAUCUUCUUCUCUAGUUUAGCGCAUUUCUUUUCUUACACCAAGUAUAAAGGCAUGGUACUAAAUUGUAGACUAUAAGUAUAAACCGUCUAAAACAAUUCAUCACAGAAAUGUUUAAUCAUCAUGGAUUCUCUUUUAAAUUCAUUA